ACUCAAGAAAGAUUCUAGGGAAGAUUUGUUGAUAUUCUAUCGUUAUUUUUAACAAAACUCCAAAAAAUAAUGGCUUCUGGAAUUCCUAGAUUAUCCAAGGAUUUGAAGGAACUGGUGUUUUCGGAAGAUCCGUCUAUAUCAGCGUUUCCUGAAUCAUGCGAUAUGUUACAUUGGGUUGCAACUAUCACAGGWGUAAAAGAAACGGUGUAUGAAGGUCUGAAGUACAAACUAACAAUUGAAUUUACUGACAAAUAUCCUUAUGAAGCUCCAACAGUAAAGUUUAAAACGCCUUGUUACCAUCCUAAUGUAGACACCAAAGGAAAUAUUUGUYUGGAUAUUCUCACCAAGGAUAAAUGGGUAUCGACCUUUACUGUUAGAACACUGCUUUUAUCUCUACAGAGUCUACUUGGAGAUCCAAAUUUACGUGACCCUUUAAAUACACAGGCAGCUGAUUUAUGGAAAAAUAAGAAAGAAUUCAUAAGAACUCUUCAAGAAUACCACCAAAAGAAUUCCCUGAAGGAAACAAACUAAUGUCAACCAAACAGUAAUAACAUUGGCCAAUAUUGUAAAUUUGUAUAUAUUCACUUAUAGUUAAAAUUAGAAUCUAAGUUUUAAUUUUACUUUUUAAAUCAUUUCUGUUUUUCUAGUAUACAUAAAUUUAGUGUCAUCCUUUGUUGUCAAAUUUGUUAAUAAAAUUGUCUCAAAGCUACA